AUGGCCAAGUCAAUUCGUGUGCGCCAUGAGACCCGGCGCCUCCACCACUGGCCCGAGAUCCAGCUCAACAUCUGGCUUAUCGUCGUGCUCUCCGCCUCGGCAACAUGCCUCGGGAUAUUCUCCUGGUUCAUGGUGGUGCAGUCGCAGAUGCAGCUGGGCACACCAUGGCUCUUCCCAUACAUGGUCGUCACCAGUGCCCUCGGCGUGUUCUUCUUUUUCUUAGUUCAGAUCCUCGUCGCACGUGGCCCCUUACUCCCAGGCAUUCUGAUCGUCGGCAGCUUUAUUCUCUUCGUCCUCUGGCUGACAGGGCUCGUGGAGACCGCGCUGCAGCUGUACGGCGUGUCCGGCAAUGUGAAUGAUAACUGUCAGAUCUGGGUGGUGGAGAAUGAGUCCCGGGGGAACAACAUCAAUACCCUGGCAUGGCUGACCCAAAGUACGAUCUGUGAGUUCCCCUGUUCCUGGAUCCCGGAGGGCAUCGCGUCUGACUAG